AUGCCCUUGUCGGAGGUAUCUUGCUCCAAUUUGCGCAGAUUUCGAGUUUCUGGGUGCCCCAAGAUGUCUCUGCCCGCCAUGCCUCACACCUCCACACUGACAGAUCUGGAUGUUAAGAGAGGUGAUUCAGAAACGUUGUCUUAUCAUGGAUGGAAGUUGAAUGUUAGUGGGUAUGGCGGUGCUUUGGCCUACCACAAUCUGGGUAAAAUAGAAGAUAUGGCUAUUGAAAAUGUAUCGUGCAUAUCAUUGACAGACAUUGAAAAGUUUAAAUCCCUAACAGAACUAACUGUCGAAAGAUGUGACGGUUUGUUCCCUGAAGAGCUGGAUGGCAGUAUUGUCUUCCCUUCAGUUAAGAGUCUCAAAUUAGAUGUAUCUCAUCUUACCAAAAAAUCAUCAUCUUCAAAAGUGUUAAACUGUUUCCCAGCUGUUUCUGUGUUGGAGAUACAUGAAGUUCCAGACUACGAGUAUGAGGAAUGUGUAAUGCAGUUCCCAUCAUCCAGCUCACUGCAGGAACUUACCUUCUCAGAAUGUAAGGGCCUGGUUCUUGUGCCUAUGGAGAAUGGAGGAGGAAUUCAGGAGGACAAGUCAUUGCUCCAAUCAUUAUCAAUAUUCAACUGUGGCAACUUGUUGUGUCAGUGGCCCAUGGUAGAGUCAGAGACCAUUUACCCUUUCCCUGCUUCCCUGAGGGAACUUGAUGUUUACCUAGACACAAGCAUGAAGUCAAUGGCUCUGCUGUCAAACCUCACUUCUCUCACCACUCUAAGGCUAAAAGACUGCAGUAAUUUAACAGUGGACGGAUUCAAUCCUCUCAUCGCAGUCAACCUCAUACAACUGGAAGUGCAUAGGUGCAGCACCUUAGCAGCAGAUAUGCUCUCAGAGGUGGCAAGGACCAAAUUAUUGCCUGCAGGUUACAUCUCUAGAUUAGAGGUGCUCACGGUGGAUGACAUCUCUGGAUUGCUUGCUGCUCCUAUUUGCAUCCUCCUUGCCCCGGCCCUCCACACACUUAAAUUCUUGUUUGAUAAGAGCAUGGAAAGCUUCACGGAAGAGCAAGACAAAGCGCUGCAUCUCCUCACCUCCCUCCAGAAACUAAGUUUUCACUCUUGCAGGCGUUUGCAGUCCCUUCCUCAAGGGUUGCAUCGCCUUUCUUCUCUCAAGGAGUUACAUGUCCUUUGGUGUCCAAAAAUCCGAUCGAUGCCCAAGGAGGGCCUCCCGGUUUCACUGAGAAAACUAAGGAUGGAUUGUCCCAGUGCUGAGAUAGAUGAGCAAAUUGAGAAAAUCAAAAGAACCAACCCAGAUUUAUCCGUCUCGGAUGACUAACUACACCCAAGGCUUUUGUUCCCUAUGUGAAAUAUAAAAAAAAGGGCGUGCAAGACAUCACUCACACACUUGUUACCAAUCAACAAGAAGAACUGAGGGUGGAAGCAUGGAAUUAUCAGGCUUGUGCUCCUUUUUCGCAUGAAGCAGCAGAACUGAACAGAACAGGGCAGUUUCUGUUGGCAUCAAUAGCAGCGAGGAAGAGGAGCGGAGCAAUGAGAAAUAUGCUGGCACGGAGUACUGAAAGUAUUGUACCCAGCUACGUACAAUCUUGCAUGGAGAUUGCAUACAUACAGGUUUAUAUUUCAUUGGCAUUUAUCCUUCACACAAAGCUGAUUCAGAGCUGAUCUACAUAGCAGCUAAUUCAGAGCUGAUAGUGAAUUUCACUUAAUGAAUGGUAGUGAAUUUCACAGCUGAUUCAGAGCUGAAGCAAUUGUCUAUCUUGAUAUGCUGAAAGUGAAAGAAUAUCGACGUAAGUGAUGGCUCGCAGUGGGAUGUCCUUGGUUCCUUUAAACAAGUGGGCUUUAAUUUGUGGAUGCAGCAGCAGCAGCGAAUAGAGCAGAGCAUUCCAGGAAGGGGCAUCCAAAAGAAAAGGGGUGCCAAGGUGCGAGGUGGUUAUUGGGAUUUAGCUUCAGCCUUGCACGACUUGACAAGAAAUUUUUGUGUAUUCGCCUCUGUAAAUUAAAUUGGUACGGUAGAAUUGAGUUUUUUUCCCCAGCAGUGUUCCCAUCAUAAGUUUGUUCCGUGACCUGAUCGAUAAUGCCAAUGUUGUUGGGUGUAACUGUCGUUAGCACAA